UUCCGGCAAUAAGUCAUCAUUAUUUCUUCUUUUAUGGUCACACACGAGAUCUCUAAUAUUUAAGUGAUUUUUUGGAAAAAAACAUUUGUUACAAUUUUCGCAAAUUUCAUUGAAAGUAGUGUAUUUAUUAACAAAUAAACAAUGUCAUCCGGUGAAGGAACCAAUAAACCAGAACAAAUCAAUUUAGCCAACUUAAGUUUGGAACAAUUGGUACAAAUUAAACAAGAAUUUGAGCAGGAAAUCAGUGGUAUUCAAGAGUCUUUACAAACCUUGUAUAAUUGUAAAGCUAAAUAUGCUAGUUCCAAGGAAGCUUUAGAAUCAUUUCAACCCGAUUGGGAUAAUCGUCAAAUUCUUGUACCCUUAACCAGCAGUAUGUAUGUGCCCGGUCGCAUUAAGGAUUUGGACAAUUUCGUAAUUGAUGUUGGUACUGGCUACUAUGUGGAGAAGAAUCUUGAAGCAUCGAAAGAUUAUUUCAAACGUCGUGUAGAAUACGUCCAAGAACAAAUUGAAAAAAUCGAAAAGAUUCAAAUUCAAAAGAGUCGUUUCUUGAAUGCUGUGAUAGGAGUUACUGAAAUGAAACAAAUGGCCGCCGUUAAACAAAUGCAACAGCAACAACAAACAGCUUAAAUGUAAUACACAAAUUAAAACAACAAAAACACUGGACUCUCUUUUUCAUUCACCUAACAAAACAACAUGUUCAAUAAAUCACUUUUAAAGAGUUUUUGUCGAAAAAUAUAAUACAAAAUAAAACACUUGAGAAAAAACCUAAAA